AUGGGUGACCUGAAAACAUGGUGCAUAGCUUUAGCCUCUUAUGCUGUAGCUGCUGUCGCAGCUUCUGUGAAGCCUUCUGGGCUUGUCUCGAAGUCUGUACCGCUCGAUCUCACAUCCUACUUUAACAACAAAGCCUUUGCUACAUAUCCAGGAGAAGCAGCGUUUGAUCCUUUGAACCAAUCAUACCCUGCACCCGCAGUCGGCCAUAAUGGCUCGUAUACUUCUACACAAAGUGGGGUUACCUAUAACUUUCCUGGCUAUACUGGGAGAGAAAAACCGGAUAAUGUGCUCUGUACCGGUCAAACCAUCAAGGUACCUGACGGGAAAUACUUUUCGGCCUCCGUACUUGUAGCAUCGGAUGUCGAGCUCGAGACAGUUUCUGGCGAUUUAGUCUUUACCCACAAAGACAACACCACCUCAACAUCAGAACUGCGGAGCGAGCCAUGGUUUGCUUUUCUGACCAUCAAUCGUGGGGAGAUCAUCCUUCCCUACAGAUACACGGCUAAUGGCACGAACUUCAAUACCACGCACAUCUACGAAUAUAGCUAUGCUUUGUCUAACGACAAGCAAUUGGCCUCGAUAACGCUCCCCGAGACCACCAAUACUACUAUUGGCAGAUUGCAUGUCUUUUCAAUCUCGCUUUGGCAAGGUUCUGAGGUGUCUGUUCAAUCUGUUCGUCCCACUCAAAAAUGGCUUGGUAACGGGACUCAGAUCGUCGAGGUUACAGUAAACAAUGCAGGCACGAAUUGUGUGUCAGGCAGAGGACUUGAAUUGACCCUCUCGGGCGGCAAUAUUACGACGAUCGUCCCGGGCCAGGUCAAGAGACUCUGUCCUGGAGACCAGAAGAGAGUCAACAUUGGUGUCACAGGUAGAGUGAAGGGCACGGUGUCGGUUACGCUGGACGACGGAUCACUUCAGCAGACCCAAUUGUUCGACGGAGUAAACCUCGGUCUCUCAGCAUGGACUUCUGAUCUUGAUAACCUUGCGCACCAUGAGGCUCCCGACUGGUAUGAUGGCGCCAAGUUCGGUAUAUUCAUACACUGGGGCCCAUAUGCUGUGCCUGGUUGGGGCAAUUCGACUCCACAUGAGAGUUAUGCUGAGUGGUUCUGGUGGUAUACCACACAUCAUCCUCAAGCAGAUGCUUCAGACUUCUAUGACUACAGGUUACGAACUUUCGGGCCUGAUUGGAAAUACGAUGACGGUUUCGUGAACUAUACUGCCUCGAAAUUUGAUCCGAAGGCUUGGGUGGAUCUCUUUGCAGAAGCUGGGGCCAAGUACUUUGUCUUUACAACAAAACACCAUGAUGGAUUCGCCAAUUUCGACACUGGUCUGACGAGUAAUCGGUCAUCUUUGCACUACGGACCCAAACGAGAUAUAUUGGGCGAGCUCUUCGAUGCGGCUGCGGAACACCAACCAUCUCUACGUAGAGGAACAUAUUUCUCGCUACCAGAGUGGUUCAACCCUGACUUUGGACCAUAUGGGUUUUCGCAGUUGGCCACCAACAGUUCCACUUCCUGGCCUGGCAUACUAGCUAGAAACCCAUAUACCGGAGUGGAAGAACCAUACACAGGUCAUGUUCCUGUCGAAGACUUUAUUGCCGAUGUUAUGGUCCCUCAAAUGGAGAUACUCGCCUACAACUACUCUACAGACAUCAUGUGGUGUGAUUGUGGGGCAGCGAAUGGAACAGCAGAUUUCGCUGCAGCGUGGUGGAACAAGGCACGCACUCAAGACAGACAAGUCACAAUGAACUCCCGUUGCGGCCUGGCUCACACAGCAGACUUUGACACGCCAGAGUAUGCAACAUUCUCAACUGUGCAAGCCAGGAAAUGGGAAAGCAACCAAGGCAUGGAUCCGUACAGUUAUGGUUACAACCGAGCAACCGAACCUUCUGCAUACAUGAAUGCUAGCACUAUAGUGCGAGACCUCGUCGAUAUGGUGUCUAAGAAUGGCAACUUCCUGCUCGACGUUGGACCAAAAGCAGAUGGCACUAUCGUUCAGGAAGAACAGGAUAAUCUGCGAGCAGCUGGGAAGUGGAUCAACGCUCAUGCUGAAGCCAUCUUCAACACAACCUACUGGUUCAUCACGCCCGAGGAUUCGACUGGCGACAUUCGAUUCACGCAGACUCAAGAUGCCUUUUACAUCCUGUCUCUCAAGCAGCCGGUCAACGAGACGCUGAUGGUAGACGCACCAAUACCGAUCAUACCAGGAGACGUGGUUACUGCUGUGGGUAGCCAGAGCAAUACUAGCUUGACAUGGUCGAAGUCAGAAGCCGGUGUUCUGAAGAUCCAAGUGCCACACAAUAUCACAAGUGCUGAAAAGUACUGCUGGGUCUUCAAAGUGGAUUAUCGUGCUUGA